AGCAACACCUGACAAUGCGGAUAUGGCCACGAAUACUGUGCGGGACAGGUCAACCGGUCCUAAAAAUACACCGACAGGUGCAUGUGACAGGCAAGUACGUGUACGUGGUGACAGCGGAAUAGCGGAUGAAGCAGCUGGUAUCCGCACACAUGACUCGGGGGCAAUUGACUCUGUUGCGCGAGAGACGCCUUUAGAGACCGCCAUGCGACUGCAGAGAAGAAGUGUGGUUGCGUUGAUGUUGAGGUACAUGGCGGCACUAGAGUUCCAGCGCUUCGAGCGGCGAAUGCUGACCCAAGCCCAGCAGAUGAAAGACCCCCAGCAGGGCAAAGAAGGAACAGCCACAACCGCAGCAACCAGCAAGGCAAAUUCCCCUAUAAAGGGCAAGAGAAGGCGCAGCUUUAUUCUGGGCCACUUGCACGGUGCCGGUAAUGGGGCGGUACAGUCGUCCACUGCGAGUGUCUCAAGCGAAGUGGUGGCACCGCUGACAACGCCAACCAUUGCCGAGGGACAUCCCGUGGACAGCCAGUCACGCGGUGAGCAGGGGGAGGUUGAUAAUAGUACCGAACAGCGCAAGGACGACGGCUUAGGGACUGCAGUAGGUGGUGUAGGUGUCAGGGAAACGGGGGCAAGCGACAAGGAAAACAGGGCAAAAGCCAAGGGAGAGGACAAAAUAGUACAAAUUAGGAACCAGGACAAGGACACCAGGAAGACAGUCUCUAAGUUCCCGACAAUGAACGAACAGGGCACAACGGCAGACACGGACCACAGCACGCGGUGUGAGUCAUGCGGACAGACCAUACCACCAGAGCAUGUCACACCACCCCAAGAACACCCCCAACACGACAAGCAAACACCGCACUAUGCUCGUAGCACAAGUGUCGGAGUGGACUACAAAGGGACCAACCCUCUGCGCAGUAGUAAAUGUAGAAGCCUCGGAGUGGCCUUGCACGAAGUGCUGCAGAGCGAAGCCCAGGGGCCACCAGCGAGCAGUCCCAAUGGCGACACAGCCGGUGACGAAGUACCGAACUGUGCCCUCACUAGCACAGUUGUGAAGCCACAGGCACAGGCACAGACAGCGCUGACAGAAGACGAGCCCAAAAAGCGGGGCAUCAGAGAACGCAUGGGAUCAUUUCUGGAGUUCACAGACAGUUUCAAACGCAACACCCGACCGUUGUCCUUCCAGG